AUUCAAAACAAAACUUCAAUAAACACAAUUUUGUUGCGCGAUUAAAAAAAAAAACAUCUUGAACAUUUUCGUAAUGUUUUACAAUGUAACCGAAAUUCAGUAGUUUAUUUGAUCCAUCACAAAAAUAAGGAAUUAUGACAGAACGAAGUAUCAAACAACAAAAUUUAUUGGUGGCUUGCUCACGCGGUGAAUAUGAUUUUCUAACGAAAUACAUUGAAAAGAAUCGGAAUCGGCGAAAAUACGAGGUGUUUGAUAAUCACAGAUGGGGUCCGUUGCAUCAUGUGGUAGCUAGUAAUUCAUACGAUUGUGUACAACUACUAUUGUCUUGUGGUUACAUCGACACAAAAUGGAAAUCGUUUGAAGGUCAAACGUGUUUGUAUGUAGCCGUGGAUCGUGGUGCAUCACAACCAAUCAUAAGAGCGCUACUUAAAGCCGAUAUCAAUCUUUUCAAUUUGUCCAACAACGAAAAUGUCUAUCCGAUGCACAAAGCAGUUUUAAAAAAUUCGCUGGAAACUGUGCAAACAAUGAUCGAAACUCUGAACGAAAUGAAAGUUACAUUCCCCGAUCAAUUCGAUUGGGACAAUGAAAAUUGUCUGUUUCUUGCCGCUCGAAAAGUAAAUUUGGAAAUGAUGGCAUAUUUACUAGAAACCAACAUGCACGAUCCAAAGCAUUUCAAUACAGUCGGAUUGAAUGCAAUCACUGUUGCGGUGCUACCAUGUGAAGAUAAUGUGGAACAUGAGACAUACAAUCGUUUUGAAAUCUUCAAAAAAUUAAUCCCACUAACAUACGAUCUAGAAGCCGAAGAUUGCGUUCAACAGAUGAUGUUGCCAAUAAGUUUCACUUGCCUAUUCAAACGACAUGAAAUAUUUCAGUGGAUCGUCGAGCAGUUUUAUAUGAGCCACAUGAACGAGCAUCAAGAUUUAGUGCGAAAAAUGCUGGACUCAUUACAGCUGGUCGAUUUCGAUUUUCAGAUGAUAACAAUUGCAUUGCAUUCACAAAUUAAUCGAUUCGUUGUGGUUGAAAAUGAUCAACUUAAGAACGACAUACUCUAUUCGCAUAUUUUCACCGAUUUACACAACAUUUUCAAAUACGAUCGAACACUUUUUAGCGACAUUUUUAAAGUGAUGCGACCAAAACUGAACUUAGAAUCUCUAAAUUGUGUGAUGCUGAAAUUCAUGCCAAACGAACCACUCGAGGGCACACAAAUGCUUGACGAUUUUAUGCAAAUGUUUGACAUCAUGCAAAUUGGAGAUUUAUUGAACAUUGAAAAACUAUUGUUAUUCACACCAACGUCAACGUAUCUCAACAAUUUACUACUUUUACUGAUGCCAUUUUCAUCGGAACGAACGGCGGACGUUUUCAUCGAGGGAUGCAUGCGAAAUAAAAUAUUUGUAGAUGCCAAUCCAUAUGAACAGCAUGAGGGCUUACAAAGAUUUUGCGUAAAUGGCUAUUUUCGAAAUAAAUGUGAUUUGAAAUGCCUUUGUCGAGCAAUUAUUCGAUCGAGCAUUCUGCAACAGGAUCAAAACGGAUUGCAGCAGACCUCUUCUGAGCGAUUGUCACGAAUUCGAUCUCUGCAAUUACCAAUUCCAAUUCUGAAUUUUUUGUUGUUCAAUUACACGCGAUAUGAUUUUAAAUAGGAUUAAGCAAAUGGAAAAAUUCUUUACAGUAUGAAAUAUUGU